AUGAGGGAAUGGAGCUUGGAAAAUGAGGUGGAAAGAUUCGUGAGCGAGGCGAGGAAAAGACAAGAUAAAAAGGACAAAACAAAUGAAGAAUGGAGAAGACAAGAAAAAGAAAAGCUCAUUGAAGAAAAGCCAAAAAAAAUUAAUGGAAAUGAGCUGGAGGAAGAACUAAAAGAAAAGAAGCAAAAAAGGUUAAAAAUUGGUAUGAAUGAGGUAGGAAAAGCUGCCACAAUGAUGGAAGAAAACGAGAUUGUUGUGCUAGUGGAGACAUGGGUAAUGGAAGAUAAGGUGGAAAUAACAUGUGAGAGGCUGAGCAAAGAAUUCAAAUGGUGGGCGAAGCCUGCGACGAGAGAGAAACAGAGAGGAAGAGCAAAGGGAGGUCAUAUUAUUGGGAUAAAAACAAAUUGCAAAUUAAAAUGGGAAAUCAGGGAAUGGAAAUACGGCAUGAUGUUGGAAGAAAGUAAGGAAAGUGAAAGUAUAAUCACAGUGUAUAACAAUGUAGGAAUGAGCAAAUUAGAAACGGAGCUAAGAAGGCAGAUAGAAGAAUGUGCAAACAGGGACGAAAGUGUGAUGAUCAUUGGGGACUUUAAUGCGAGAAUCGGAGAAGAAAACGUAACAGGAGAGGACGAAGGCAGAGUGAGGAAAAAAAGAAAAUCGAGAGACAAGACAGUAAACAGCGAAGGAAAAAAAUUACUAAAGAUGUGUGAUGAGUUAGGACUUUGCGUAUGGAAUGGUAGAGCAAGAGGAGAUGAAGGUGGGGAAAUAACUUACGUCGGGGGAGACGAAGAGAGUUUAGGAUCAGUAAUUGACCUUAUACUAACGCUGGACAGAGGCGAUGAGCAAGAAAUAGAGGUAAAAGUGGUGGAAAGAAUAGAGUCAGAUCAUCUACCAGUGUUGGCGAGAUAUAAGGUAAAGAGAAAUGAGGAAGAGGGUAAGGAAGGAAGCUGCAUGUCAGAGGAGGAAGAGCAGGAAGAAAUUGGAGCAAAUAAGCUGAUCUGGAAGAAAGAAAAAAUACAGGAGUAUGCAGAAGCAACGCAAGAAGCACUGACAGAAGCAGUAGAGGAAAAAAGCGAGCUUGAGUGGGAGGAUAUAAAAAAAAUAGUAAGAAAAGGGGCUGAAAAAACGGGGAUGGUGAUGAAAGGAAAGAAGGACAAAGAUACAAAGGAGAAAAAAAAGUGGUACAAUAUCGAGGGUAAAAAAAAAGAAAAGAAGUUCAGAGGAAGAAAGAAAAGAGCUGCAAGCAACAGCAUAAAAGCAAAACAAUGGGAAAAGCACUUUAGUGAUCUGCUGAAUGGGGAAGGCAAUGAAGAAUCGGAAGAGGAAGAAAAUGAGCCGUGGAAAGGAGAAGGUAGUAAUGAACGAUCAGAGGAGCCGAAGCUCGAUGAAAACUCCAGCAGGAGAGAAGUGAAAGCCGCAAUAAGAAAGCUCGGGAAUCACAAAGCUCCAGGGGAAGACGGGAUGGCAGCAGAAUUUAUAAAGAACAGUGCACCAGAUGUCAUUGAAUGGAUAGGCGAAAUUAUAAAUAGAAUAUGGGACGAAGGAAGUAUGCCAGAAUGA